ACUUUAAAAAAUAAUCCGCUUCCGCAGCUGACGACUUGACAGCUGAUUGUUGACAGCAAAUGUCAUCGUCGACCAUCGUCGAUUCACCCAAGUGAAUUUUUCUAUGUGAAAACUUAGUGUGAAAACCGGAAUAUAAGCAGUCCUAAUUUACAUUUUAAGGUAAAUUACUAAACAUUCCGGUUCUAAAUACUUAUCUAAUACACGUUUUUAAAUAGUAAAGGCGAGCAGCACGUACCAACCUGAGUGAAAACGUAGUAAUUGAGAUUAUUUUUAUGCCAUUUGCGUUCUUUACUUUCCUUUGUGAUGAUAAGUGAUUCCAUGAGUAAUCAGUGUUAUUGUGAAUCAUAACAUUGAUCUGACUUAUCUCCACAUGUGUGGAUACUGGGAAGCGUAAUUUAUCAAGGACUUGACAGGAUUUGACCAACUGGAAGCACAAUGACCGAGCGAGAGCCGAUAACUGGGUCGAGCCGUGACUACGGCGCCACGGCAGCGCCUCCAGCGGUGGGCUUCGCGGACUUCAGUCCCACUGAGCUCUACAACUUAAGCGAGGGCAUCGCUGAGAAUGUCAACUCGGUCAACAGCGGGCUGAGGUCGCUCGAGAAGAUGAUGAAGCAGAUAGGCGGCCCCCAUGACAGUGUGCAGUUGAGGGAUAAGAUCCACGACUGCCAGCAGUCUGUGAACGCGUGCGUCUCAGCAACAGCCCGGGACUUACAAAGACUGGGUGUGGUGGUGCGGCGCGGGGACAAGCCGCAGAAGCUGCAGGUGGAGCGGCUCACGCAGGCCUUCAAGGACGCGCUGGCCAAAUACUCCGCCGUGCAGAAGGAGGUGUCAGAAAAGAUGGCUGCCCAUAUGCCGCGGCCGGCGCGCGUGCGCAACGACCCCGCCGCGCUGGAACAACAGGCCAUAGCUGACGACGAGGAGGCCGCGCUCGUCGCCAACCAGCAGGCGCAGGCGCGGCUAGUGCAAUUCGAGACGUCAAUGCUGGUGGAGAGGGAAGCAUACAUGUCCAAGAUCGAGGCUGAUGUCUUGGACGUGGGACAGAUCAUGAGGGAGUUGGCUGCUAUGGUCAGCGUGCAGGGACAGACUGUUGACACGGUGGCGAGUCACAUAGAAGACGCGAGCGCUCAAGUGGAAUCCGGCGUCGAUGAGUUGGCCAAGGCCGCCGAGUACCAGCGCCGCUACCGUCGGAAAAUGUUCAUCCUCAUACUCAUAGCGCUCAUCGUGGGCAUCAUAUUCGUCGUCUGGAUCGUCAAAGCCUUCAAGUAAACUAUACUUGAGACUAGGAAAGUAUGUGUGCGACUGAAGCCUAGAGGCUAUGGUCUUCAUUAAACGCCGUAGGCCGCGUCGCAAUGCUUACUAAAUGCACUGUUCAGUUGUGGUCUGAUUCAGACGUCGGCGUAUGGAUGUCGAAGAAACGUGUGACGCGUAUUAGCGAUUAAUAGGAGACCGUAGCUUAAACAAACUAUAGCCCAUCAAGCCAGUUGAAACUUAUGAGGCUUUAUUACGAAAAAAGGAACACUGAUAUUUCCAUUUCAUUCAACCAGUUUUUUUUUUUGUAAUAAGAAGGAUGUUGUUGUAAUAACUGAGAUAUUGCAACUAAAAUGUGUAGUCUGAUGUGCAGUUGACUGUACGUACAGUACAGUUGGAAGUGUAUCGGGCUACGUCGAAAAUAUUGACUUUAAAAUGUAAUUGGCACAUGCAACCUAAUAAAUGUACAGGGUUGGCUUGAAUUUGGGGUCGAACAUUUUGUGGGGAUUCUGUCGCCAAAGGUUUGAGAAUCGCUGGCCUAUAAAUUUGUAAUCUUUAAAAUGUAUGGGAAUGACUUGUGCAUGCGCAAUAUCGCAGUUUUCAUACAAUGAACCAACUAAUUUAACUUUUUGGUACUCUUGGAAGAGAAACCAAGUCUAAUUUCCAUUAUCCACCAUUUUUAAUGGACUUCUGAAUAAUUCAAGUCAUUGAAUUGAAUUUUGAAAUGUCCCUUUUUUGCAUCAAUAUGCAUGCCAAUGCAAACAUACUAACUCAAUGUUAAUCAAAUUCAAAAUUCAAUUUACUGUCUCGAAUUUUAAACUAUUCCUAAUCACUAAUCAUGUUCAUAAAAAAUAUAUUGCGCGUCACAAGAAAUAUAGUCUAAUGAUAUUAUUUAAGUCUUACAAUUCACGUCUAAGCAUGUUCUACUUACAAACUGCAAGACAAUAAAUUAUUAUAAUCUUGCACGUUUAUUCUUUGGGCCCACUAAGAAAUGUUAGAGAGCAUAAUAAACAUGUCAGUAUUUUGAAAAGCUAACCUCACAUCUCUGGUUAGUUUUUUUUUUCUUAUUGACUUCACUUUAUGUUCAAGAGUUUUAGAUCUGGCAACCCAUGCGAGGUAUUUACAACCUCAAAAAGUAUAUAGGCUAGAAGUGUAUUGUUUAAUCAGUAUAAAUAGUUAUUUAUCGUCUCGAUUGUAUAACUGAAGGAUUAUUUCACAAUUAAGUUAUUAGUAAGUAGUUGAUUUAGUAUU